UCUGUUGAGGUGAAAAACCCUGAAGCUGCUAAGCGAAUGCUAGCCAUGUUCACAUUUUACCUCGAUGAACUUUGACAGAGAUGAGGACAUCAUGAAAACUUUUAAUCUCAAGAAUUCCAUUUUUCAAUUUCUGAAUCGAAGAGGUAAAACAUUACUUAAAGUGUUUGCAGUGGUGGUGCUCAUUUAUUUCUUUUACUGGGAAGUGCAUUGCAUGAUCUUCAAACAGAACAAUGUUGUCUGCAUUUACAUCCAAGGACGUCUGGCCAAUGCCAUGUUUCAGGAAGCCUUUGUGUACUCAUUUGCCAAAGAAAGAGAUGGAACGGAAGUUGUUUUCGGUAGUGAAAAUCCUCUAGUCAAUAUAUUUACCCUGGAGGGACUUAACUGGAAAUAUGAUAGAAGUUAUUCUUGCUCUUGUUACUCUAAGUUUGAAGAUAAGUGGGACUGUGCGUUUGAUGAUGUUUUCGAACGUCUCAUGCCUCCUGUUCAAGUCUAUGGAUAUUUCCAGUCUUGGAAAUAUUUAAAAGGCCACGAGGAGGGAAUUCGCAGAAUGUUUACAUUUCAACCACAUAUACAAAACAAAGCCAAAGAUCAACUGCACACUAUUGUUGAUUCCUUCAAGGAUAAGGGUGUUUCUGACAAGACCGUUCUUGUGGGAAUUCAUAUACGAAGAGGAGACUAUAUUAAAAAGAAACAUUUUGUAGACUUUGGUUACAAUGUAGCCCCUGAUGUCUACAUACAUAAUGCCAUAAAGUUUUACCAAGUAAGAUAUCCAGAUGUUCUCUUCAUAGUGUGUGGAAAUGACAUAGCAUGGGCUCGAGAGGUUAUGAAGAGUUAUGGGAGGGUCCACUUUGUGGAAGGCAAUUCUCCUUCACAAGACAUGGCCCUGCUUACUAGGACCCACCACACCAUAAUGACGGUGGGGACCUUCGGGUGGUGGAUAGGGUGGUUAACAAACGGCACCACCGUGUACUAUAAACACACAUACAGAGAAGGCACAGACUUCAUGGCACAAUUUCAUGGGAGUACUCAAGAACAUUUCUUACCAAAUUGGAUUGGUUUAGAAUGAUUCCAUUAGAUCAUUAUUUAUUUUUAUUUUUUUUUCUAAGUUUCACUUAUUAAAUGUACCAUGUGCUUUGAUUGCUAAGUUCUGUGAUUGUCUCAACCACAUACCUCUCCGUGAACAAAGUGAGUACUUUUUUUGGAAUGUAUUUUUGUAAAGUUUUACAAUUUUGAUUUAUGACUUCAGCGUUUUUACAUUUUCAGUUUUUUCUUCACUUCU